GAUAACUGCGUUUGCCCCAUUCAGACGUUACAACCGCACCAGUGUAGUCGUCAGUAUGUAAUAUUUUGAAUUUGAUAAAAUACACGUGGGUUUGUGCCAGAUAAUAAGUGUAAAUAAAACUGAUAAGUGACUUGCUAGUGCGUUAAAAAUACAAGAUGGAGUUAACCACGGCGAAGGCGAUUUCGAUGCUAGUCCUGGGUUUGGGCAGCUUCGUGUUUGGGAUGAUUCCCGCAGGAUUUUCAGAGGGAACCAGACAGAAGCAUCCUUUGUUGAUAUCGUGCCUCCUUUGUUUUGGGGGCGGCGUGCUUCUGUCCACUUCUGUGGUUCACAUGCUGCCAGAAGCAAGGGAGAAGUUGCCGAAUUAUUCGGAGCUGCUGCUGUGUGUUGGUUUCUUCAUAGUUUACUUGGUGGAUGAGCUGGUCCAUUUGUUUUAUGGGCCAGGGAACGAUCCUCAUAGGCAGACGUAUGGGAGCAAUGAGGGGACGAGUUUGCUGCGCGGUGAGAGGAAUAUGAGAGGGGUGGACGAUGCCGAGAUGGUGGAUAGGUGUUGUGGGGAUGCAGCCAACCCCAGGAUGUGCCAUGUGAGCCACACGGCGCCUUGCAAUAAGAGCUCCUCAGGGGUCAUAGGGCUGCUGUGUGCUUUGUUCGUACACAGCGUGUUGGAAGGGCUCGCGAUUGGUCUACAGGAGGAUGCUUCGCAGGUCUUGCUUCUCCUCGGGGCAGUAGCGUCGCACAAGUUCGUAGUCGCUUUCUGCCUCGGUGCAGAGCUAAGCGCAAGCGCACCGGGCCGGUUGUGCGCGCAUAUAGUCUGCGUUCUGCUGUUCAGCGGCGGCUCCGUGGCUGGCAUCGGGCUGGGAGCUGGGCUGGACACUGUGCAGGCUGUGAAGGACUCUAUGGCGAUCCCUAUCAUGCAGGCGCUAGCAGCCGGAACUCUCCUGUACGUGACAGUGAGCGAAGUGUUGCCACGCGAGCGAGCUAGUUGGCACGAACGCAAGCGCAGCGCGGGCGCCGCUCAGUUCGUCUCGGUCGCCGUCGGCUUUGCUGUUAUGUACUUGACCACUAUGUAUUUAGAUCACGAUGCUGUGUAAUGCUGGCGAUACCACUGUUGUGAGAUUUGUAUGACUGUCAAAAUGGAAUAGUUAGUACCUAAUUAUUAAGUUGAUUCCUAUGUUGAUAAACAUAAUUAUAAUUGUGUGUAUUUUAUAAACUAGCAAUAAGUACAUACCUAUCUUACUUAAGACUGAUAUUAUUCUUAAUGACAAUAAAACAAUUUUGCUA